CCCUAGUGCCCCCUCAGUGCCCGUGUGUGUGUAUUAUCGCACACUGCUGCAGCUUAAGUAUUUUACUGUGAAAACACGUGUGCUGACGGUCGUUUUCAAUAUUGCAUCUUCUUCCCCUUCAUACAUGCCCCACGUCCCCAUUUCCUCUGCUGCUGGACAAUCUGUUUGAGUCUACUCUUAACUUUUAUGUGUUUGGGAUGUUAGCCGGUGACCGUUUGUUCUUGUUUUGUACCUAAUAAACCAUUAAAGACAUUUGGAGGGUGGUCACAGCAAAUAGGACUUGUGAGCUCCGAACAUUUUGGAUGAGUAAAGACUAUUGGCCAAAACACUUGAGGUUAGAACCAAGGCUGACGGCAGCAUGGAGCGUAUGAAGAAAAGUAGCGUUUGGGACCAUUUCAUUAAAAUCAAUGACACUGACGUGCGUUGCACUGUCUGCGAUAGAGUGCUGAAAUACAAUAGCAGCACAUCAUCUAUGUUAUAUCACCUGAAAGCGCGACACUUUAAAGGCUUCACAGGUGAGAAUAGUCGCCAAAGCCAGCCUGCCGCAUCUACCGACAUGCUGGAUGGUAGGAAAUGUGGCAAACGGCGCUCACAGGCCAUCACCCAAAAGAUUUACAGAAUGAUCGAAAAGGAUAUGCUGCCUGUUGAUUUUGUAAAUGCAGAGGGCUUUGUAGAGCUUCUUGAGUUCAUUGAACCCAACUACAAAGUGCCAUCUCACCAGACCAUAGCCUCAUGCAUCGAAGAGCAUUUUGUCGAGAAAAAAGAUGAGCUCAAAGCAUGCCUUUCUGGCGUUGAAUGUGUAACCAUUGCGACAGACUGCUGGACAGCACUACCUACAGAGAAUCAUGUGACGGUGACCUGCCAUUGGACUGAUAAGGACUGGCAGGUUAAAUCAGCAGUACUCCAGACAAAGACUUUGCCGGGCAGACACAGCGCUGACAACCUGGCUGCAACACUAAAGGAAGUGGUAGAUGACUGGGGGUUGACGGGGAGGGUGCUCGCAUGUGUCUAUGACAAUGCCAGUAACAUCAUGUCUGCCAAAGUUCCUGUGUGGGUAGCGGUGACGUGUUUUGCCCAUGCUCUGCAACUGGUGAUCAAUGAUGCAUUCAAGCCGUUCGUGUACAAAGUAAUAUCUGCGGCCGGCAAGCUAGUUUGGUAUUUUAGCCACAACACCAUAGCCGCGAUUGCACUCGAGGCCAAACAGGAGCAGUUGCAGCUCCCCAAACACAAGCUCAUCCAGUCCAGCAAAACCAGGUGGACCUCUGUGUUCGACAUGUUUGAGAGGCUUCUUGAACAACGGUGGGCAGUGACGGCCAUCUUGUCUGACCACACCAUCACAGCACCUCAGGAUGCCGAAACACUUGAGAUUACGGACGAAUUCUGGGCAAUAAUGGCUGAUCUUAAACCGGUCCUGGAAACCCUGAAAUGUGCAACUACAGUCAUGUCCUCUGAGAAGACUGUGGCGAUCUCCUACAUCUAUCCCAUCACCUUCAGCAUCAUCAACAAGCACAUGGCCAAUGCUGCCGGCGACAGGCCGCAGGUAGCAGAGUUCAAGGCAGCAGUUCGACAGUCAUUAAGUGAACGCAUGGAGGUUGAGUGCAACGAACGCUUGGUUUCUAUGCCAGCGAUGAUCGCCUCUGCCCUGGACCCUCGCCACAAACACCUCCCGUUUCUGUCAAGAGAGAAAAGGCAGGCGGUUCUCUGCAAACUUAAGGACCUGUGCACUGAGCUGGAGAGUGCCCCUAUUGAGGAGGACAUGGACGGAGACGAAGAGCCAGGUGCUGCAGAUGGAGAAGGGGGUGAUGCUGUAAUGGCGGGCCCAUCCAAUGGAGCCAGCCUCAACGAGAGCGCCAUGAGCAUGCUGCUGGGAGACGAUUACAGCAUGACUGAUGUCAAAGACCCGCAGUGCGAGGUGGAUACGUACGCGAAGGACAGCCGGCCCUCGCUUCAAAGCAACCCGCUCGAUUGGUGGAGGGCGAACCAGACGCGCUUCCCCAGACUGGCGAGCUUGGCAGGACGCUUCCUUUGCGUCCCAGCCACGGCCGUGCCACCAGAGGAGGCUUUCUCUGCUGCAGGCCUCGAAACUGAUCGGCUGCGUACUCGCCUGACCCCGGAGCACGUAGACAUGCUUGUGUUCUUGAACAGAAAUAAAUGAUCGGUUGCCGAGUGCGGUAGGCCGAUACCUACAGAGAACACGAGAACGUUUCAUUUGAAAUUUUCACAGUAUGUUCGUAUGCAUCAUGACUCUAGGCCAUUCUUCUUUGAUGACGCUCUGAGCUUCCUUGAACUUAAUUUUAGUGGACUACACUGCGUUUUGGACUCAUUUGGAGCAACACAUUCUCGCAAGAGCAGGGUGUAGAGAUGAGUCUCGUAUAUACAUUUCACAUAUUCUUGUUCAGACAGCCUACACGACACUCCUCACGACAACUUGCACGGUGAAAAUGGACGGGUAAAUAAAUAUAGGACUGGCUUUGUUUUGCUUGCUUGUGGACUCUAAAACUUGAAAGGAAUGUUUGGUGUUGUGGUGCUCUACAACUCCUUUAUAACUCUAAACACAUUUCUCUCUGAUCAUGCUUAUAUAUCCUCCACAGCAACUUGUCAUCAAGUGCGGUACCCACUAGCUUUGUCCCUUUAUAGUCAAUGUCUCAAAGGAACAUUUCUGGGAAUUUCCCACCCACCUCAAGUUAAAUUAUUUGAGUUUUCCUUUUCUCAUGCUCUUCCAGACGUUCUCUCUGAGUCUGGUGUGAUUACUUCUGGUCCCAAGCUAGCAUGGUGUCUUUGAACCAAGUAGCACCAUUAGCUGCUGCGGGGUUCGGGACUAAUGAUGAAUUGUUCCCCAAGUUGAAGUUCACUGACAAUCCCUUGUCACUCUGCCAAAAAAUGGGGCCGCUAACCCAAAUGCUGUUGCACUUUAAUUGCCUGUUCAUUUGAGCUACUUAAGGAAGAGGAGUUGACUUCAAAAGCUGAAAACACAAGUGGCCUAAGCAACACUUUACUAGGGUAUUGGUUUUGUUGCAUGUUCUGACCAAUUUAGCAUGUACGCAAUGAUAUGUGCAUGUUGGAUGCGUAAAUUACAUGUUGAUAUUUUUGAUUUGAUAUGAGAUAUUAUAAAAAUGUUAUCAUUUUAUUUUGUUUCCAUUUAUAGUAACAUAACAUUGUUAAAAGAAAGACGCUGUAUAGCCUAAAAUGUCCUUUAUAGGAAAUUGUAACCUAUGAUAUUAGCAGACUUCACCUGCCUACCUACAGGCAUCUCUGAGAACAUUUUCACUUCCUGGCUGGUCUACAGUAUGUAUUGCAAGUGUGUGUGUGU